AUGGAUGGAAAGGAAGUGAAGACGCUGGAUGAUUUGCCGGAGGGGAGCGUGAUAGGCACGAGCAGUGUGCGGAGGGUGGCACAGCUGAAGAGGAAGUACCCGCAUCUUGUGUUCCUACUUUCAGCGCGGAAACUUGUACGUUCUCUCUAUAAUCCCAUCCCUUCUCAGCGUAAAUUUCAGAAUUGGGUGGGCCACAGGACCACACGUCUAUCAAAACUCGAUGCCCCCGAUGGUCCGUUCGCAGCUAUCAUCCUCGCAAAGGCAGGCCUCGUCCGACAAGACCUCGGAGGGCGCAUCGCCUCCGACAUCGUAGCCCCAACACCAAGGUGCUCUCGGCGUCGAAAUCCGCUCCAACGACACCAAGAUGAUCGCCUUCUGCAGACGCAAUGGAAAUGUCUCGCCGAACGCGCCUGCUUGCGUGUGCUCGAAGGAGGGUGCAGUGUUCCUGUGGGCGUGCAUAGUGAGUUGGAGGUCAUCAAGGAUGAGGGCGAAGGAUCGCGUGAUGCGAAAUUGGUGAUCGUUGUGUCUGUGACUUCGAUCAAUGGGCAGCGGCAUGUAGUGGAGGAGCUGAAGGAGGUGCUCAAGGGUGUGGAGGACGUGGAGGCCAUGGGGUCGAAGUUGGCGAGCCAGUUGUUGGACAGCGGGGCGAAGCAAAGUUUGGACAAAAUCACGAAGGAUCGGGAGACGAGGAUCGGGGAGGACAAGACAACAGAAGAAGUGCACAAAAUCGAGGAGAGGAUGGAAGAACAGACUGGAGCAGCGGCUGCAUAG